GUCACAAUUCGGUUCUCACUUCACGUUCACAAAUCGCAAUUCAUAGGUACCUAUUUGUUUUUAAAUUUUAAAACUAAUGCGAUUUGAUUUCUACUUGGAUUAUUGAACAGUAUUUUGUAAGUGAAGCAUAGAAAAAUUGGGCUUUUGCUUGGAUAAAAAUAAAUUAAAAUGUUAAAGAUGCAUUUAGUUACUUCUUUAAUUUUUUCUAAAAGUAAUAUACCAAGAAUAUUGAGCAACUUUUCACUAGCUAAAUAUUCACAAAAGCCAACUUCUCCUGAAACCGAGGAAAAUGUGACAAAAGCAGAAUCGAAAAGGUUGGCGGAAUUUCGAAAAAAAUUGAGAGAGACUACUCCUAUAAAAGAUUUGGGAGAGCAAGCGGACUUGUCUCCACCAAAAGAAGAUGUUUUGCCUGCUUGGCCUAAUGACACUAAUCCCCAUACAGGAGAGAUAGGUGGGCCAAGAGGACCAGAACCAACUAGAUUUGGUGACUGGGAGAGGAAAGGAAGAGUAUCAGAUUUUUAGUUGAAAUGUAAAACUUAGUUAUAGUUCACAAAUUGUUUUUUUUUUGUUAAUACAUAACAUAUUUAUUGCAAAGAAAAAAAUCCCUUUUCAAUCGAGGAUAAAGUAUUAUAUAAUAGAAAGGUUUAAAGAAAAUAAAAUGA